AUGAGGACAAGGAAUAAUCCGACAAUGUCAAAGUCGUCGUCGUGGCCAAAGGCCAAGACUGUGGUGAAGAAAUGGCUGAACCUCAAAGACUCAGAGUUCCACUCCGACUGCAUCGAUGAGAGCUUUGGGCAGCGGCAGACGAUGAGGAGGAAGAGCUGCUCCGACAGAGACGACCUGUCAGGUGGCUGGCUGGUGGAGAGCUCUCCUGACGACCUGCGGCGGCCACCUCUUCCCCGCCCCCGGUAUGGCUCCUCGGCGGCGGCGAGCUCGACGCGGCGGCCUCCCAAGGAACUCAGGAUGUUUGUUGGGACAUGGAACGUAGGAGGGCGAGCGCCGCACGGAGGGCUGGAUCUCUCGGACUGGCUCACCGACGACGGCACUGAUUCCUCCUCUCCUCACAUCUACGUCCUCGGGUUCCAGGAGAUCGUGCCGCUGAACGCCGGGAACGUGCUUGGCGCCGAGGACAAGGCCCCGGCGCGCAAGUGGCUGGACCUCAUCCGGCGAGCGCUGAACGGCCCUGCGUCCAACGCCGCAAGCCACAGGUCUCCCUCGGACAUGCACCUGCUCCAGAAAGCCAGCCGGGUGAGCUUCUCGGACCUGCUGGCGGCAGCGGAGGACGACAGCCGCAGGCCGACCACGGCGUCGUCCGAGCCGGACGACGACGACGACGACGACGACGCCGGCAGCGAGCCGUCCACGUCGUCGUCGGCCCCGGAGUCGAGCAGCGAGGAGGAGCCGGCGGCCCGGCGGCACCGUGGCGGACGAUACCGGUACCGGCUGGCGGCCAGCAAGCAGAUGGUGGGCAUCCUGCUGUGCGUGUGGGUCCGCGCCGACCUCCUCCCCUGCGUCGCCGGCGUCAGGGCGUCGUGCGUCGGCAGGGGCGUCAUGGGCUACAUGGGCAACAAGGGCUCCGUGUCCGUCAGCCUCACGCUGCGCGGCGGCGCGUCGCUGUGCUUCGUGUGCACGCACCUCGCGUCCGGCGACAGGGACGGCGACGGUGCGCGGCGCAACGGCGACGUGGCCGAGAUCCUGAGGCGGACGAGGUUCGCGCGGCGGGACUCGCCAUCGCAGUGCAGGGCGGCGGCGCCGGUGACCAUCUUGGAGCACGACAAGGUGAUAUGGCUGGGCGACCUCAACUACCGGCUGCUGGAGGGAGAAGGAAGAGGCGCGCGGGAGCUGGUGGAGCGGCACGAGUGGGCGGCGCUGCUGGAGCGGGACCAGCUGCGGGCGGAGCAGAAAGCCGGGCGCGUGUUCGCCGGGUGGGAGGAAGGCCGCAUCGUGUUCCCGCCCACCUACAAGUACGUGGCCGGCUCCCACGCCUACGCCAUGAUGAGCAUCGCCGACUCCUCCGCCGACGGCUCCCGGUCCCGGGACAGGAAGAAGCGCACGCCGGCAUGGUGCGACCGCAUCCUGUGGCGCGGCGAGGGGAUUGAGCAGCAGUGGUACGCGCGCGGCGAGUCGCGCUUCUCCGACCACCGCCCCGUCGCCGCGCUCUUCUCCGCACGCCUUUGUGGCGACAAGCCGGCGCCGGCGCACUCGUCCAGGUUCUGA